CUUCCUUUCCUGUGGCAGUCAGGCAAACGAAGAUGGCAAAGAUUAAGGCCAGAGAUCUGCGCGGUAAGAAGAAGGAGGAGCUGCUGAAGCAGCUGGAUGACCUGAAGGUGGAACUUUCCCAGCUGCGCGUCGCCAAGGUUACGGGCGGAGCCGCCUCCAAGCUCUCCAAGAUCCGUGUUGUCCGCAAGUCCAUUGCCAGAGUUCUGACUGUCAUCAACCAAACCCAGAAAGAGAACCUGAGGAAAUUCUACAAGGGCAAGAAGUACAAGCCCCUGGACCUGAGGCCCAAAAAGACCCGCGCCCUUCGCCGGCGGUUGAACAAGCACGAAGAGAGUCUGAAGACCAAGAAAAUGCAGAGGAAGGAGCGCUUGUAUCCCAUCCGCAAGUUUGCUGUCAAGGCAUAAAGCCGUGCUUUUCCAGUGCUAAUAAACACACAAAACCGGAAAAAAA